CAUUUUCAAGGGGGGAAAACCCGGCCGCGGCCAGUGGAUCACGUCUGCGGUGAAAUCCUUUUUAUCCUGUGCAAAAAUAUCGCACUCGUAUUGCAGUCAUGCAUUACAAAUGUUUUCCUAAAGGUAAAUUCGCAUUACAAAUUUCUUUUCUCAUGCUGAGAAAAUUUGUAAUGCAUUUAUACGAGUGCGAUACUUUUGCAAUUCAUACUUUUGCGACGGCUACGACAAACCGCUGAAGCUUUUUCAGCAAGCGGGACAACAAGUGUUAGCAAAUUUGAAACUUCUGAAGCGCGGGGAUUCUGCGGGGAGCGGCGCCGCGGGUUUUGGAGCAGCGAAGCGGAACCUCUCC